CUUUUGUGAUUUUGCUUUUUACAUUUUCUAAUAGUUUAUUGUAAACUUUAGGAAGCAGAGUUUCCGAAACUGUUUUGCGUGUGGGUAGUGAGUAUCCAGAAUUUAGCAUUUCGACUAAUUUUCGAAACUCUCUUUCCUCUACGAUUCUCAAAGCGUGAUAGCCUUUUGCAAUCAUUCUGAUUAAUUGUUCGUCGAUCUGCUGAAUUCUAUUUAGUGGCAGGGGCUUUUUCACCACAACAAAUUGGUUCAUAGACGGAGCUGGAGGGGUAGUUCUAGAAGUACUACCUAUUGUGGCUUGUACGUUCAAAUUUGCGGUGCUUGUACUAGCUACUUCACUUACAUCAGCCGAGGACACUUCUUGAACAGGUUCUAAUCUGUUCAUCGAUAUAUUUAUAGUGGGAUGUACUUGUUUUAUGUGCCGGCUUAAGCUACCAAUGGAGCUAGAAGACAUUGCCAGAAUCUUUAAACAAUACAGACACUUUGCUUUCUUUGGCUCCGUUUGCUCAAAGUGGUUCCACAGUGGACUAGAUUUUCGCUUAGAUGCCAUUUUUUUUUGUUACAAACAAUCACAAAAGUCUCCUCUAAUUAGUUAUUUUCUUUCACGAAAUAGUUCUACAAAAAUUUAAUUAAGUACUUAAAAAUAUUAUUAUGUUUUUGUAUUUUGUAAAUAAUAAUAAUAAAGUAUUAGGUAAUAAACAAAUUUACGUUUGCCUUAUCAUAUUAGGUGAAAUUGCCGUUACUAGCGUGAAACAUUAUAAACCUACUUACUGAAGUACUUACCUACUCUAUUUUUGAGAUAAAACAUUAAUUUCGAUAGAGAUAUAAGUACCUAUAAUGUUUUACAUUUUUAAGAAACAAAUUAAAACAAAGCAAAAAAGCGGCAAUUUCAUAGUAGGUAGCUCUGUGGUAAAGACCUAUUAAUAUUAGUACCUACUUACUUAAAUAUUUAUUUACAAAACACAAAAACUUUGUUAGCACUGGUUAGCACACACUACGGAAAGAACACGCACGCUUCGAACUAAACAAAAAUCUAUAUAUUAUCUAAACUAAUUUCUAAUUACAAGCAAUGUAACCUACUCCGCCCGGUAACAAACUUGGCGACAUAAAAAAUCAAAACAUUUGAAUACUAGGUACUUGCAUAGCACGUGUCACCAUUCUCUGUCUCUUUUUCGCGAUAUGCGCGGCCGGCAAAAUUUUACAUCGGCUGCGCGCGGUGGGCGCUCGUGCUUACGAACUAAAACGACGCUUACCGAACGUUGCCGAAGUGAUGAGUGAUGCGAGUGAUGUUUGUAACUGAUGCGUAAUGCGUGAUGUUGCAUUACGUGUCAAAGUGAUAUUACUUUUGUACUAUUACACGCAUUACCUACCCAUGUCUAGAAGGUUGGCAUCUGUCAAAAUGGCGCUGUUAUAGCUAGUGCCCAAAACAUUGCAUUUCUCUUCGAUAAAAAUAAGAAAAAUAUUUGUUCUAUUAAAAUGACUCGUUGUAUCGUAUUAAAAUGCUCGGAAAUAGGAGUCCAUCAUAUCCCAAAAGAUAAGGAAAUUCGUCGGCUUUGGUUAAAAGCCAUUCGCCGUGAAGAUUUAGUUCCAACAAAUAAUUCGAGGUUAUGUCGGAAACAUUUUGUGGAAAGUGAUUACGAAAAAAUCAGCAAAUACACAGGAGUUGAACACCAGCACAAAUAUCUUAAGAAAAGUGCUGUACCAUCUGUCUUUGCAUGGAACACACAACCAGUUUCGGAGAAAGCAAAGAUUUCCACAAUGAAUGUAACAACAAGUAAAGCGUCGUAUAAAAGACAUGCUUAUUCAGCGAAACGAAAUUCUCUACAAAAAGUUCGGGGAGUUCUUCGAGGGCACUACAAACGGGAUAUAAGCCGUUUGCAAGUUUGGCAUGAAGAACAGGAGAAGCCAGUGAAGAAAAUACUAGGAAUUCCGGAUCACUCUGAUGAGGGAGGAGUAUCUGAGCUGGCAGAUCAGCCUGGGCCUGAUGAGGAAGUGUGUCUCCUGUCAGACAUUGAAGGAGAAAUAUCGAACACCAGCAAGGCUGUACCUGAAAAGAGAAAGCAGGCAGAGAGGAAAAAUACAGAAUAUGAACACAAUAAAUCAGUAGAAAUGGAUGUUAGUGAAAUCCCACACAUUAUCCAGAUCAUCCCGGUUGACAGCACUUGUAUGCAAUGUAAAGCUGAACAGCCUUGUACUUACCGAUAUAUUACCAAAGAGAGUGAGACCGUCUACUUGUGCUCUCAGACAUGUGCCAACAACUUUCAGAGUCAAUGUGUCAAGCAGUAUUCCACACACAAGAAGUACUUAAUUGAAGAAAUUGUACCUAAAAUCUUAACAUGCUCAGAAUGUGAAGAAAUGAAAACUUGUUACUUCUAUUGCAAUUACAACGGCGAGGACACAAAUUACUGCUCCAUGACCUGUCUCAAGAGUAUGAUGGCUGACGAAACAGACAAAUACAUGUUCAAGAGUUUUAUCGAAGUCAAAGAAAUUGCGCCCAGAGGAGCCAAGUGCUGCGUCUGCAAUGUUCACAAAAAAUGUUCGUACUCCUUUAAUAGCGAUGGUGAAACUCUCCUUAUCUGUGCCAAUUCGUGCAUGAAAACCUUAAAUUGUAGAGAAAAUGGUAGAUAUGUAAUUACAGGGAAGCAAAUACAAAAACAAGGAAACAUUCCAUGGUACAAUCCACGGACUUCUCCACGGAAUGUCCCUGAAGAAAAUGGUAGAUAUAUGAUUGUAAGGAAGGCAACUAGGAAACAAACUAUUGUGCCACGCAAUGUCCCUGAGGAAAACGGGAAAUGUAUGAUUAAAAAGAAGAUAACUCCAAGAAAACAACCUAUCCAGCCACAGAAUCCUUCUUUGCUUACGUUAAAAGUUAUUUGUAAUGCAACCGACAAAUAUUUAGACGAAGCAUAUAAGAUACAAGCGAAGACACCUGCGAUGGUGGAAGCGGCGCGGGAAGAGAGAGAACGGACUUUGCAAGCCGCGAGAGAAGAGAGAGAACGUACUUUUAUUCGAAUGUGUUACCGAUGCCAACUUAUUCUUAACAUUGGCGAAAAAUUAUUGACUUGGGAAAAUAUGGACUUUUGUAGUGAAUUGUGUUUAGGACGGUAUCAGAACAAAAUUGGAGCUCGGUGCGCGAAUUGUAAGAACAAUGUGCAAAAAACUAGUUUAGGGAAAUAUUGCGUCCGAUUUGGUUUCGACAUCCGGCAAUUUUGUAACUCGUCGUGUUUAGAAGAGUUUAAGAAAGGGUUGAAGAUAUGUCAUUAUUGUCAACAAGAUACAUCAGUCAGUCACCAAAGUUUUCUGGCACCCGUCGGUGAAAAAGGACAGUUUAAAGACUUUUGUUCACAAUCUUGUAUAAAGAAGUUUGACCUGAUGAGCAAAAACCAGGUGCUUCAACCAGUGUGGGCGAAGUGCGCUGUGUGUUCCUUAGAAAAAGCAACUUCGAUUGAAGUGGAAGUGAGUGAGAAUUCGUCACAAAGGUUGUGUUCGGAUACCUGUUUUACAGCGUUCAAAUUCGUUAACAAAAUCGUCCCAGGUGAGUAUCAUAUUUGACAUCAAAUUCAAUAUUUGUUUCGGCAUGUACUGCGCUUUUUUAUUUUUACGAUCUGGA